CCUGGGUGACGCUGAAGCAGGUUACCUUUCCUCAGAAGAAGGCUCCUUGGUGCUUUGAAGAACAUCCUGAAGACUGUAUAGGAGACAAUAUAUCAAGAAUCUAUUUAUUGAAUCAUCUAGAACAAGAGCCAAGAGCUCCCUAAUGGAAGCACAUUAGUGUUUAUUUUGAGGAAGAAGUAUAUAAAUUUUUUUAAACAACCAUAAAGUAGAUAGCUCACUAAAAAAUCAAUUUUGGAAGAUGUCACUGAACAACUCUUCCAAUAUAUUUCUGGAUUCAGUGCCCAGUAAUACCAAUCGCUUUCAAGUUAAUGUCAUAAAUGAGAACCAUGAGAGCAGUGCAGCUGCAAAUGAUGACACUGAUCCACCACAUUAUGAAGAAACCUCUUUUGGGGAUGAAGCUCAGAAAAGACUCAGAAUCAGCUUUAGGCCUGGGAAUCAGGAGUGCUAUGACAAUUUCCUCCAAAGUGGAGACACUGCUAAAACAGAUGCCAGUUUUCAUGCUUAUGAUUCUCACACAAAGACAUACUACCUACAAACUUUUGGCCACAACACCAUGGAUGCGGUUCCCAAGAUUGAGUACUAUCGCAACACCGGCAGCGUCAGUGGGCCCAAGGCCAACCGACCCAGCCUGCUUGAGAUUCACGAGCAACUCGCAAAGAAUGUGGUGGUCGCCCCAAGUUCAGCUGACAGAGUUGCUAAUGGUGAUGGGAUACCUGGAGAUGAACAAGCUGAAAAUAAGGAAGACGAUCAAGCUGGUGUCGUGAAGUUUGGUUGGGUGAAAGGUGUGCUGGUAAGAUGCAUGCUGAAUAUCUGGGGAGUCAUGCUCUUCAUUCGCCUCUCCUGGAUUGUUGGAGAAGCUGGAAUUGGUCUUGGUGUGAUUAUCAUCGGCUUAGCCGUGACAGUGACUGGUAUCACUGGUUUAUCCACCUCUGCUAUUGCCACAAAUGGAUAUGUCAGAGGAGGUGGGGCCUACUAUCUUAUUUCCAGAAGUUUAGGGCCUGAGUUCGGUGGGUCAAUAGGCCUGAUCUUUGCUUUUGCUAAUGCAGUCGCUGUUGCUAUGUAUGUGGUGGGAUUUGCUGAGACUGUAGUAGAUCUUCUUAAGGAGAGUGAUUCGAUGAUGGUGGAUCCAACCAAUGACAUCCGGAUUAUAGGCUCUAUCACAGUAGUGAUUCUUCUAGGAAUUUCAGUAGCUGGAAUGGAAUGGGAGGCAAAGGCCCAAGUGAUUCUUCUGGUCAUUCUUCUCAUUGCUAUUGCAAACUUCUUCAUUGGAACUGUCAUUCCAUCCAACAAUGAGAAAAAGUCCAGAGGUUUCUUUAAUUACCAAGCAUCAAUAUUUGCAGAAAACUUUGGGCCACGCUUCACAAAGGGCGAAGGCUUCUUCUCUGUCUUUGCCAUUUUUUUCCCAGCAGCUACUGGGAUUCUUGCUGGUGCCAAUAUCUCAGGAGAUUUGGAGGAUCCCCAGGAUGCCAUCCCCAGAGGAACCAUGCUGGCCAUUUUCAUCACCACUGUUGCCUACUUAGGGGUUGCAAUUUGUGUAGGGGCCUGUGUGGUCCGAGAUGCCACUGGGAAUGUGAAUGACACCAUCAUUUCUGGGAUGAACUGCAAUGGUUCUGCAGCGUGUGGGUUGGGCUAUGACUUCUCAAGAUGUCGACAUGAACCAUGUCAGUAUGGGCUGAUGAAUAAUUUCCAGGUCAUGAGCAUGGUAUCAGGGUUUGGCCCCCUCAUCACUGCAGGAAUCUUUUCUGCAACGCUCUCCUCCGCCCUGGCCUCCCUUGUCAGCGCACCCAAAGUGUUCCAGGCUCUGUGCAAGGACAACAUCUACAAAGCCCUGCAGUUUUUUGCAAAGGGAUAUGGGAAAAACAAUGAACCCCUGAGAGGAUAUAUUCUCACUUUUCUUAUAGCCAUGGCAUUUAUUCUUAUUGCGGAACUGAACACCAUUGCUCCCAUCAUCUCCAACUUUUUCCUGGCCUCAUACGCACUUAUUAAUUUCUCCUGCUUCCACGCCUCUUAUGCCAAAUCUCCAGGAUGGAGACCUGCAUAUGGAAUUUACAACAUGUGGGUAUCUCUUUUUGGAGCUGUUUUGUGCUGUGCAGUCAUGUUUGUCAUCAACUGGUGGGCAGCUGUGAUCACCUAUGUCAUUGAAUUCUUCCUCUAUAUCUAUGUGACUUAUAAGAAGCCAGAGGUGAACUGGGGCUCCUCCACACAGGCACUUUCCUACGUGAGUGCUUUAGACAAUGCUCUGGAAUUAACCACAGUGGAAGACCACGUGAAAAACUUCAGGCCCCAGUGCAUUGUCUUGACAGGGGGACCCAUGACAAGACCUGCUCUCCUGGACAUAACUCACGCCUUUACCAAGAACAGUGGCCUUUGCAUCUGCUGCGAAGUCUUUGUGGGACCGCGCAAGCUGUGUGUUAAGGAGAUGAACAGUGGCAUGGGGAAAAAACAGGCCUGGCUUAUAAAGAACAAAAUCAAGGCUUUUUAUGCUGCAGUGGCGGCAGACUGUUUCAGGGAUGGCGUCCGAAGUCUCCUUCAGGCCUCAGGCUUAGGAAGAAUGAAACCAAACACUCUGGUGAUUGGAUAUAAGAAAAACUGGAGGAAAGCUCCCUUGACAGAGAUUGAGAACUACGUGGGAAUCAUACAUGAUGCAUUUGAUUUUGAGAUUGGCAUGGUUAUCGUCAGAAUCAGCCAAGGAUUUGACAUCUCUCAGGUUCUUCAGGUGCAAGAGGAAUUAGAGAGAUUAGAACAGGAGAGACUAGCAUUGGAAGCCACUAUCAAAGACAACGAGUGUCAAGAGGGAAGUGGAGGCAUCCGAGCCUUGUUUAAAAAAGCUGGCAAGUUGAACAUCACCAAGACAACGCCUAAAAAUGAUGGCAGCAUUAACACAAUCCAGUCAAUGCAUGUGGGAGAGUUCAACCAGAAACUGGUGGAAGCCAGCACUCAAUUUAAAAAGAAACAAGAAAAAGGCACAAUUGACGUUUGGUGGUUGUUUGAUGAUGGAGGGUUAACACUUCUUAUCCCUUAUAUCUUGACUCUCAGAAAAAAAUGGAAAGACUGUAAGUUAAGAAUCUAUGUCGGAGGGAAGAUCAACCGCAUUGAGGAAGAAAAAAUUGCAAUGGCCUCCCUUCUGAGCAAAUUUAGGAUAAAAUUUGCAGACAUCCAUAUCAUUGGUGACAUCAACAUUAAGCCAAACAAAGAGAGCUGGAAAGUCUUUGAAGAGAUGAUUGAACCAUAUCGUCUCCAUGAAAGCUGCAAAGAUUUAACAACUGCUGAGAAAUUAAAAAGAGAAACUCCGUGGAAGAUUACAGAUGCAGAGCUGGAAGCAGUCAAGGAAAAGAGUUACCGCCAAGUGCGACUGAAUGAACUCUUACAGGAGCACUCAAGAGCCGCUAAUCUCAUUGUCCUGAGCCUUCCAGUGGCAAGAAAAGGAUCCAUAUCGGAUUUGUUGUAUAUGGCUUGGUUGGAAAUCCUCACAAAGAACCUCCCACCUGUCUUACUAGUUAGAGGAAAUCACAAAAAUGUCUUGACAUUUUACUCUUAAAACAUGAAAGAUUAGAAUACAUUUAACCUAAUGUAUGCACAAUUAAGAAAUAUGUUCCAGUACUUUAUGCUGUAAAUCUAAUCUAUGGAUAUGCAAACCUCUGGAGAUGAUCCUACCAGAUUCUACAUAUAUUGCAUCAUUUUUUUGUUAUUGGUUAGUGCAAGCUUUUUUUCAUCUUAUCUGCUUAAGGGGUUGCCAAAGCCAAUGCUAUCCCUAGAAAAACAUUUUUGUCAUUGCUGUUGAUAAACAAGAAAAUCAAAGAAACUCAUGUUGGCUCAUGCUCAUGAAAGCCACCAAUGUGAUUAUAAACUUCUCUAGACAAACAAUCUUUUGUUUUUAGAGCAUUUACUUCUCAGCCCUAGUAUAGGUCUCAGCCCCAGACCAGGGUCUCAAUAAAUGCUUAUUGACCGGCUGUCAUAGUAACCACGGAUGGUUAUCAAAGGAAAAGACCAAUAGGGUGGGGAACAUAAUUAGGCAUGGCCCCCUCAGAGGCUUAUACCUACAAAGCAGAUUUAAAAAUCAAUAACUUAAAACUUUAAGAAGUACUUGAGUCUACCAAAUGUUCAAAGCAGUUACCUAAAUAAGUUAUUUAAUAUAACAGAUUAUAUACUUAAAGUGAUCUGAGCAAUCAUUGAUGACAUAUGGCUUAAAUUUGCUGCUGCCAGAAAAGUAUAUUAACUAGAUUAGAAGACACCAUAUACUCCAACAAAAUGAAAUAUACUCUGUUCUCAACAUAUAAACUUUAAUUGUACUUCCUAUCAAAUAUUUUGAAAUUUCCAUCAUAGCAUUACUUUGCAUAUUUUUUCUAAUUAAAUGGUUAGUACAGAUGAAAUCUUUAUAGAUGCCUUGAAAACCAAGUGCCACAAAUUUUCAAACCAUUAGUAAGAAAUACAUCCUGAAUCAUUUCUUUAGUUACUUUCUGUAGUGAUUGUAUGGAUUUAAAAGAAUAAUUAAAAUGAAAAGUUGAAAAACUUGCAAAAUUUGGAAUAUAUAGGUACUGAUUUUUUUUCAUUUUUGUUAGUAUGUCUAUAAUACUUAAUCAUAUUGACAAACCAAUGAAAAAAUUGUUUUUCUGAUGAACAGCUUGAUUUUUCUCUUUGACAUGUUUUGACUGUUGAUUCUAGCUGAAAAAAUAUGUGGAAAAAAAAAUGAACCUGAAAUAAAAACACUCAAAUU